UGUUCUCUUGCCAUUUUUGUUGGCCGGCGCAUCCAGCCCAGGAGGGCCAACGCUGCGCUUUUGCUGCUGUCGCCGGCGGCGGUUCCCAAACACAGAACGCAGGCGCCGCGGGGGGCCGAAGGGAAGGGCGAAGACUCGCCACAUCAAUGUGGGGGCCGUGGGCCCAAAGCCUGUGCUGAGGCGGGCCUGCUUUCACACAUCCGCGCCGAGCGCCGCCGCCCACCACAGCCAUCAAGGCCGGAGGAACCGCGGCAAGCCAUGUUUCGCGACGUGCGAAAGGAUGGCCGGCAAUGCCGGAGGGGCGGCUGCCUAUGCGAAAUGUCAGCGCCGCGGCGGGCCGGAUAA